AUGAGCAUUGCUGAUACAUAUCGCAUAAUCACGGUUUUAUUAACCUUAAUCUCUUUAAUGUCGCGACAAGAGCUAAUAGGACCUCAAGGAUUACGGCAAGAUGGUCGUCGUGCCAAUGAAUUAAGAAAAAUUAAGUGUAAGCCUUCUGUGUUAAGUCAAGCUGAUGGAUCAGCUUAUAUCGAACAAGGAAAUACAAAAUGCUUGGCUGCUGUUUAUGGACCAAGAGAGACCAGGCAAAAGGCUCAAGUAAUACAUAAUAAAGCUAAUAUCAAUGUUGAAAUUAGCUUGGCUCCUUUUAGUAUGCCGCAGGAGCGGAAAAAGAGAUCGAAAUCAGACAGGCGACUAUUAGAAAUCGCAUCUGCAGUUAAACAAACCUUUGAACCAAUUAUAAUGACUAGCUUGUUUGCCAGAUCCCAGAUCGAUAUCUAUUUGCAAAUAUUGCAAUUUGACGGAGGUACUAUUCAAAUCUGUAUUAAUGCCGCUACAUUAGCUUUGAUCGAUGCAGGUAUACCAAUGCAGGAAUAUGUUUGCGCUUGUUCGGCAGGAUGUCAUGAAAAUCAUAUAUUGUUGGACCUCAACAAUACUGAAGAAAUGGCCGAUACUCCUGAAUUAACAGUUGCUUUAUUACCUAAGUCUGGAAAGUUCACACUUCUUCAGAUGGAUUCGCGUCUUCAUGUUGAUAAAUUGGAGCCAGUGAUGAACCUAGCUGCGUUAGGUUGUAAGGAGAUUUACGAGACUCUAGAUGAAACUGUUCGCGAAAAUGUUAAGGAUUUGUUUCAAAAGUCAUCACCCUACUGA